CUCUCCCCUCUCUCAUUUUUUGUCUAGUGGUACUAAAGAUUACGAUAGUAAUACUACCUGGAGUUUGGAGAAUAGACUCCUUACAUUAAUUGUAAAGAUGUAUCCUGUUUCAGUGGUUUUCUUUAUUGGCUAAUUAUUUCCAACAAGGACGGAGAAAGAAAUGGUCAGUUGUCUUAACAUGAUCGAUAUGAUGAGUCUGAUAGAUUAGUCCUUCAAGCCGCGGGCGGACGGAACAUCCAGAAAGCAAUUAUGACUCAGACUUGACCGAUCAGAUCUGGAUUAGAUAGGAUACGAAAAUUGUGCUUUACUCGUGUGGCCAUCUCAAUUAGUGAUGUGAGCAAGUGGUUCUGGUUUUCUUCCUCACAUGGAAGCAAACUCUUCAUGGUUCACCAUGUCUUGAUCUGUGAGCGUCCAGGAGUUUAACAAAGUGGAACUUGAUUCAAAGGGGGGAGAGAAAGUGCUGUCUGCCUGAAGGAAAUCAAGGCUUGGACCUUGCCAGUCAGAGCCAACAAGGACUGAGAGGGAUACAACGUCCCAGUAGAAAGACCAAUGUACUAGAUAAAAGUUCUCCCCAAGCGAGAAUCGAACUCAGGUCUCCUGCAUGCGACGGCGAGCGCCUAAUCAUGGCAACACAGACAAAGCCUGAAAUCUUGGUUAUAUACCAUGCGCUGUUGGACAGCCGUGGCCCUCUUGCUGUGGACGCUGGCAUCAGUUAGUACAGCACAGAAUCGUGGUCGGAACAUCAAUGGUAGAGCAGGACGCUUCAGAUCAUCCGGAGGGCGAGGAGGGAGGUCUAGUGGACAGCCGGUGACCCAGGGAGGAAAUCAGGUGUACAUUAUCAGAGAAGCUGGCCGCCGAUCGCGAGGAAGUCGUGGGUUUAGAAACGUACCGGAAAUAGUUCCAAAUGCAGGACCUGCCCCACCAGAAAUGGGAAGAAGGACGACGUCAACUGACAGGCGCGCAGGGAGUCGGCGGAGGGAAUCAGAGUUGCCUGUUCCUGUAUCGGCUAAUACCGCAAACCCGCAACAAGAUGUUCAUAGUGAUAGCAGAACGCGCAGAGGGCGUCCUGGAGACCGGUCUGGCAGGAGACGGAACACACGUGGUCCCCUUCCGCAGGUUCUUCCUCCUCAGGCCUCAUCUCAGCAAGACAGCUUUCAGGCUGCUUCGCCACAGGUCAAUUCCCAGGAACCCUCCGAGGCCCAUUCUACAGACACUGAAGACGUACCAGUACCAAGUGAAGCAGAAGUCGGUACAGAAGCACCAAUAGUGAUAUCCGUCCCGGACUUUCCUGUUUUCUCUGGUCCACGUCGUUCGAGAAGGACGAGCUUCUUACCGAGAGCACGAUCUAAUGUUGACCAAAGCGAUGAUUCAUCUUUUCUUGUCAGUCUGCCAGGAUCCGAAACUGAGGUAGCCGGCGAUGCUAACCCAAGGGGUACUAGAAGAAGACGUGGUAAUGGUCCAGUUUUCGUCCCAGUAACAAGCUCGACCGAUAGCGACGCUUCUGGAACAAGUAUAGGAGAAAUCGAAGAAAUAGAAACCACAUCUCAACAGUCUUUAGCCCAGUGUAGCAGUUUAAUGGAGACCAGUGUCGGAGGUGCUGAUGAUACCAUACUGACGCUGUUCGACAAUAUCGACAAUCCUGAUGUUUUGGCGCCAAUCCUCAGUGAGAUAGCCUCCAACUUUUUGGCAAGUCAAGCCAUUGAAUGAAUUCCACAUCAGUCCUCCAUCCAGUAUCGGGGAGAAAUAGUUAGCUGAGCUUUACUACUUUCCCUGUAUUAUACUUACUUUCUAGCAAUUUUUAAGAACAUGAUCAUUCCAGAUAAAAGAAACGACUAUUGUUUACUUAAAAGAAGAUAGGGAAGCAGAAAAAUGAUACAAGUUUUAGAAUUAUAACUGAAAGUGCAAUUUAACAUGAAAGGCAUGAUAUUAUAUUUUCGAUUUAUAUUGCAUCCUCAAUACAAAAUCUUAUUUUUAGAAAAAUCAGAGUUAUAAACGUUCCAACUUUG